CUCUCAACUUCUUUCCAUGUGUCAGCCCUGAAUAAUUCAUUGCUUAUUGUAAACCAUUCGUGGUUGGAUGUAAAUUUCACAGUGAUGUCAGUAUUUUCACCAGGGUCAGAAGAAUUGAGACUGUGAACAGGUCAUUUGUCCCGGUUGAGAUGACAAUGCAUGUGGAGCUACAGGCUGCUUGCAGUGCACUGGGCUACCAGGAGGGAAACACCUACGUUAAGGAGCCAGACUGCAUAGAGACAGUGAAGGACCUGAUCCGAUUUCUGAAGCGUGAAGAUGAUACCUGCGAUGUACGGCGCCAACUCUGCCACGCCCAGGUCAUUCAGAGGGACUUGCUGCCCAUUCUUGUGCACUAUGAGGAGGAGGAGGCACUUUGGGAAACAGUCAUUAGAUUGCUGGUAAACCUGACCCAGCCAGCAUUCCUGUGCUUCAACAGCUUCAUACCAGAAGAAAAGACAUUAAGACACAACUAUCUUGAUCUGGAGACACACCUGCAGAAUAUGAAGGAGGCUUUUGCCAAUGAGGAUGUGUUUGCAGUUAUAACUAAAAAGCUUGGUGACCUUCUAAAAUUGGACUGGGAGCACCGGCAUGAGGAGCACAGACUGCUGAUAGAGCGUGUACUGAUCCUGAUCAGGAACGUCCUGCACAUUCCCCCCAACCCUGAUGCUGAACAGAGGACGGAUGAUGAUGCCAGCGUGCAUGACCAGGUGUUAUGGGCGAUGCAUGUGAGCGGUCUAGAGGACAUCCUGCUGUACAUUGCCAGUUCAGAAGAGGAACGUAACCUCUCCAUGCACAUGCUGGAAAUCGUCUCUCUCAUGUUCAGAGAACAGAGUGCAGAAAUGUUGGCCAGUGCCGGAGGACAAAGGUCCAUUUCCGAGAAGGAGAAAGAUGAGAGGGAGCUUGAACAAGCCAGAGAACAAGAAAAACUGGAGAAAAAAGCCCACCAGAUGAAAGUCAGCUCAAGGCACCCUCGCUUUGGUGGAACGUUUGUGGUGAAAAACUUCAAGUCUAUCAGUGAAAACGAUCUGAUCUAUCACAAGUCGAAAUGUGAACCAGGCAACAUCAAUCUAGACCAGAAUAAACGACCUAAGAAGAAAGCAAAGAAUCGCAAACCAAUCAUUGACAGGGAGGUUAAACGAAGAUCUACUCUGAGUAUACGACUUGGACUGAGGGAAUUCUGUAUACAAUUUCUGGAAAACUGCUACAACCCACUCAUGUAUGCUGUGAAGGAUGUCUUGAACCGAGAGAAGUCACAGGAGCAUGAUGAGACUUACUACCUAUGGGCGAUAAGAUUCUUCAUGGAGUUCUGUAGACUACACAGUGGCCAAGUGGAUCUGGUCAGUGAGACAAUGUCAGUUCAGACGUUCCACUACAUCCAGGUCCAACUGUUCCAGUACUAUGAGAUGAUCACCAUGGAGAAAAAGGAAGCUAUAUCAUGGGGAAAGAGAGCUCACCUUGCCCUGAAGGCAUACCAGGAACUACUGCUGACCCUGGACUCCAUGGAUCGCUCUGGGAACUCCAAUCUCAUGGAAAGUUCUAGGGUUGUGAAAAGUAACAUAUUCUACAUGAUGGAGUUCCGGGACAUCUUUCUUACUCUACUACGUCACUUUAAAGAGAGCACCCAGUCCAGGGCUUACCUUAAGGACCUUAUAGAGACGACCCAUCUGUUUCUCAAGAUGCUAGAGGCAUUCUCAAAGAACACAGGGCAUCUCAUUGUGCAGAGGAAGAAGAAAAAGUCCGGCCGCAGGAAGAAACAGCCAGUUCAUAGAGCGCCAAGUGGUCAUGUUGAGCCAUCCCAACAAGAACUGGACGAUCUCUGGGAUGAAGUGUCCGGUGAGCUGUCCGCCAUCUUCCAGGGUCGGGCUGAUGUACCAACUGAUGUAACGCCAUUUGACGCGGCAUCAGAGGUGGAUGUAGACCAGCAAAGGGCUGAUGCCAUGAUCCGGAUCCAGGAUGCCAUCAGAAACAAGCAGGCAGGAGAGGCCGUAGCCCUACUCAGGGCUGCAAGGGAGGUGUGGCCAGAGAGAAAUGAGUUUGGAUCGGCCGAUAUAUCCCCAGAGGAUGAGUUUAUGGCGGUUAGGGAAAUCUUCAUGACAGAACUGCCUCGUGCCAACACGGAGGUGCCUGGGGUUGUGGAGGAAGAACAAGGUGGAGAGGAGGAUGAGGAGGAGGAACAGGCUGUCAUGGUGACGUCGGAACAGGAGUUUGUCUUCAGGGAAUUUGUUGUCAAAUUCGCUAAGCCAGAUAUCCUGAAGGCAUAUGUUUUGUUGGUAUCUGACUUCAAGCACAACUCCACCCAUACCAACCACUGCUGUGUGAAGAUGCUUCACAGAGUGGCUGUGGACCUCCACUACAUUGGCAUGGUGUUCCAGGCUUCCCUGUUCCGUGUAUUCCAGAAAAUACUCAACACUCCGCUUGCAAGAUCCUCCCGAUAUAAGGAACUGGCUAAGUUUGGGGCAUUUGUGGUUCGGAAUUUUGUGGAGGUUGCUAGCAACAACCGGAAGGCGUUCAUGGAACUACUUUUCUGGAAGACCAAUAAAGAGGCCAUAGAGAUUGUGGAGGGAUAUGGCUCAUACCAGAGCAAGGGUAAGGUGACGUGGACGGAAGAUGCUGAGAUGGAGGUUAGACGACUGUUUGAGGAGUAUAAUGAGGAACCUAAAGAGGGUCAGGACACUGUUGAUUGCAUCAUGGAGCAUAUGACUGAUCCUACCAAGACACGAGGCCAGAUCAUUACAGAGCUCAAGAAACAGGAGCUCAUCAAGUCGGCCAAGGAACUCAAAAAACCUAAAAUAGGCAUGAGAAGUGCCCAUUGGAGAGAAGAGGAGUUACUAGAACUCCGGGAGCUGUAUGAAAAACACUGCAUGGCUAAUGAUCCGGUAGGAGAGAUUAUGUCAGAGAUGGUUUGCCGCAAGCGAAGUCGACCAAAGCUGAUUGAAAAGAUUUUGUCAAUGGGUCUUACAGGGGACCGACGGGAUCUGUACAAGAAACGGGGUGGAAAACCCCGAACAAAACGGGGUCAUGGAGCAGGGGAUAGUGAUGAUGACAGAGAGUUGCCAUCCGACUUUGAUGAUGAGGAUGCUGAUAGUUUCCCACGCCUUAGACACAACAGUGACAGCGAUGAUGGUGGUUCUAGUAGUAGCAGUGUUAGCAGCACAGUGGUUUCGGAUAUCUCUGGGGAUGAGGGGCCAGGACAGGAAGUGGCUGGAAGUGACAAUAUGGCCGACAUUCUCCGAAACCUCGUUGCAAAAGGCUACAAGGAUCAGAUAGCGUGGAUACAGCGCAACCUCAACAGGACUGCCUCAGACAAGGAAGAGGAAGAUGAAAAUGUGAGUGUCCCAUUGGUGCCUUUGACGGAGGAAAAUGAGACAGCGAUGGAGGACUCUCUAUUCUUAGACUUCCUUGAAAAACUGGGUCUUGCCUCUCCAGCUGAUGAACAGGAGAUAUUCUGGAGGAUUCCAGCAGGCCUGUCACCAGCUGAGUUGCGUAACCUAGCAACCGGCCUCACUCUGGAUGAGAGUGGUGAACCAGUCCAUGCCGACAAAAUACAGGUCAAGCAUAAGCCAGUCCAGAAAAAGAGGAAAAAGGAGAAAAAGAAGAAAGAGCCAAUCAAAAAGAAGAACGCAGACAAGUUUUCCAAGUUGAAGGAGCUGGUUAAAAAGAAAGCUGCUGCAAAAAGUGACAGGAGAAAUAGAAAGAAAAGGUUUUCUGGUCCCCAGGAGGAAGAAAGCCUUCCAGUAAGUGAGAGUGAACAAGGUGAAAUAGGGGAACCGGCCUCGGCAAAGAAGAAAAAGAGGAGAGUAAGAAAUAUAGCAGCUUCAGACAGCAGUGAUAGCAGUGAUGAGGAGAUGCCUUUGUCAAGCCUGGGAAGAGCAACCUCUCCUGGUUCAGCUGAGAAACCCUCAACAUCUCGCAGUCCACUGAACCAGUCUGCCUCCAAGACAAAAUCCAGAUUGAAAAGGAUGGUGGAUUCCUCCGACAGCAAUAGUGAUGAAGACAUCCCUCUGAGAAGUCUUACAGCCUUGCCUGUGUCAGAUGAGAGCAUGGUGCGGGACACAGAUGCUGGGACCCAGUCACAAGAGGAAGAGACAAGAACUCAAUCACAGUCCCAAGAAGCAGACAGCCAAUCCCAAGAUAGCCAGCCCCUUCUGUUGCUCUCCAGCAGUGAUGACGAUAGCGACAUGGAGAAAGAUGGUGAGGAGAACAAUGAUGUGGCUGGAACAUCCAAAUCUGCCAGCAAAAGGUCAAGGUCAUUGCCCUCAGGAUCUGAUGUGGACGUUUCCCAGGAAAAGAAGCGAGCGAGGCUAGCGGACAGCGACAGUGAUGAUGAUGAUGAUAAACCAUUGUCCUCUGUGGUUCAGGAAACCUUCCCAGCCACACUAUACACCCAAGGCCCAGAGAGUGACUCUGACCUUGACGAUCAUGUGACCUUGAAAAAGGUUAUACAGAAGAAACGAAAUGCCAUUGAAAGUGAUAGUGAUGAAUAGUGAUAAAACCUCAGAGCUGGUUAAUACAACAGCUUUUGUGCUGAAUUAUCAAAAAGUUAUUUUGAACCUUCUAAUCAUUUACAGUUUUCGUACCUGAAGAAAUUGGUAAAUUGAAAGUUCAUUGACUGAAAAAAUGCAGCUCUUUAAAAUGAACUGUUUUGCUUGCCUUAUUUUAUAAUAAUCAGGAGUUUCAUGACUGAAUUUGAUAUGAUUAUAUAAGGUUGAUAAAGAAGUCCCAGUAACUAUAACUCUGGUCUAACUAACGUACAGCACAUAUCGAAUGGGACAUACUAUUUAUGAAUACAUGUUAAUAUCUAUGUGACUGUAUCAGUCGACAGAUCUACUACAUGUAUAAGGAGUAUUGAAUAUCUCUUUUCCACUGAUUGUCAUUAGUUAAUAAGAAAUGCUUAGCUUCACUCAACUGGUGUACACAUAUGUAGUUGUGGUUCAUAGUUAUUCAUAUUUAUUACAUGUUUAUAUUCCUCUCCAGAUAUUGUCACUUAAGUUAUAUUGCCAUAUAGUAUGUAUUGGAAAUGUUCUAAUUGAAUAUGCUAAUAAAAACUUUUGACACUCAUU